UACAGAAAUAGAUCGGUGUCUGUGAGGUGCAUUGUACAGGAAAUUGAGCGGUUCAUAUUUUGAGACGUGGGUGGAUCAAAACAUCGGGAUUGUUUGCAUGUGAAUCGACAUCUGAUGGAACUCGUAACACAAAAAUAAAUACUAGCCAGUUUGUUUUACUGAACUGUGCAAUCUAUGAAAAGCUCGUACGUAAAAUAAAAGUGCAAUCAUUAUAACCAUGACAGCUUCUACGAUGAUUGAGUUGGAAUCCUGGAUUAUCUACCAGUGUGUCCUCAAUGAGUGCCAUGUCUCCAGCUCCUGAUCUGAAGUGUUGGAGCCCAUUGUUUUUGUCCUGAAUUUAUUUAAGUUUUCUUCAUGGUAGCCAAAUCUUCGAUGGAGGGGGGUGCGUGGUGCGCGCGCGACAUCUCGCUCCGCGCGCAGAAGAAGUUCCUAUCGCGCGUCGGCGGCGCGGCCAGCGCGCGCGCGCUAGUUCUCGACGAACAUACCGCCAAACUGCUGGACCAGUUCCUGACGGUGCUCCGCGAGCGCGUGGAGAGGCGGGAGGCGGAGCGGCUGGUGAAGCACGUGAUCAAGGCGGCGGUGAAGCUGGGCGUGCUGCGGCGACACAACCAGCUGUCGCCCGCCGACGAGCGCGCCCUCGCCGCCUUCCGCAGCAAGUUCCACACGGUGCUGAUGGCGGUGAUCUCGUUCUGCGAGGUGGAGUUUUCGUACGACCGCGUGUUUCUGCAGGACGCGCUGCGGGAGUCACACCAGUCGCUCAAGUCGGUAGUAGAGAGGCAUCUAUCAGAGAAGUCCGUGUCCCGCCUAGCCGGAGUGUUCAAUCUCGCGUCGAGGGGUGAGUUGUUAGAUUCCCUCUUCGCCGGCCAGGUCGAUGAGGACGUGCUCAAACUCACGCGCAUGCUGCGGAAAGAACUGGACCGGGGGCUGCUAUAAUCGACCACACAGUGACCAUGUGUACCGUCCUACAUAUUUAGGGGAUGUCGUCAUGCAUGUGUGCGUAACGUGCACUUACAGACAGCGUUGUAAGCAUACGCAGAUUGUGUGUGUGCGUAAAGCACUUACAGAACAUAGCGAUGUGUGCGUGCGAAGCAUGUACAGAUCGCGGUUUUGUGUGCGCUACACAUACGCAGAAAAUUGUGCGCAUAUGUGCGUUUAUGCCAGUAUGCUCAUUUUAAGCGUAUAGCUUGCAGGCGAGUCCUCUAUUGUGCUCUGUGCGUCCUACGUUUUGUCGUAUCACGCCAGCUAUGCUGCCAGUAGAAAACUUCUACGUCAAAUACAUCAAUUUGGUUUAAGGAUCAGAAACUUUGUAUUUAAAAUUAUAACGGAUGUAGGAGGAAAAAUUGUUUUGAAAUUAGAAUUCUAAAUUCCAAAUGUCAGGCAGUUUGUUGUAAGAUCUGGUUAUCUUCACAAGUGGAGAUUUUUGUGUAGAAUUUAUUAGAUAGGUGUACACGGUAAUAACGCUUGAACUAACCACAAGCACUGCUCUCUAGUUAUAUGGUUUUUUACAUUGAAUUAUUAAGCAUGAUGAACGAUGAAUUUUAAUCGUACGUUUUGAAGCCAUAAACUGUGUAUUGUUUUUAAUACAAAAAAUUCAAUUUCACCUAUUUAUAUUUUGACCAACAUAUUUUUUUCUUCGGAAUGCAGGAUUUUGUUAAAAGCUUUGCAUGUCUAUUUGCCG